GGAGAAACCUGGUACAUGGGAUGGCGGCGCAAGGGGCCACCCACCUGCGGUGCCCUCGCGACUUGCACGAGAAAGUUGUGACCCGCACGCUUCUCGACAUACCGAGCCCCAAAUUGCGCAAACGCGUCCACGUGGGGUGCACGAACUUGUACUUGACAAAAGCAGCAUCCGCCCCCACCCUGCAUCCCACAACGCUACUUGAUGAGAAGAUUGACAUCAAUAAACUGAGCACCUUGUCGAUCGUGCACCAAACAAACAAAGUCGUGGAGAGCCCUGCAGCAUCCAAACCUUUGCAACUGUCCCCAGUCACGUCCCCCCCACGCCCUCACACCUCCCACGAGAUGCUCAAACCAAGCAAAGAUCCGUCGCUGGUUCUCGAUCAGGUGAUAUCGAUGCGUCGCGGUUCGGUCAACGGAGAAGCCUUUUCAAGUGGUCGAAGUGACGUCCUUGACGCUUUCCAGUUGGAGAAGGACAACCCCGUCACCAAGGCCAUGUUUGUGAAGAACCGAGACAAAAUUCGCGAUCGUGUGGCGACCAAGUUUGGGUCGAUGCGCGCAAUGUUUCGAGCGUUCGACAACGAAGGCUCUGGUGGGAUUUCGUUGGAGCAGUUUCACAAGUCGAUCGGGGCACUGGGGCUCGACAUCAGCGAAGCCGACCAAGUGCUGCUUUACAAGAUGGUCGACACAAACGGCAACAACUCGAUCGACUUCAAGGAAUUUUCCGCCAUGUUCGAAUCGGAACCGAUGCGAAACAGCUUUGUCGACACGGGCAACAGCGCCGAGAGCUUGAAAGCGCGAAUUCCACUUAAAGUGAGCCCUCGCACCAAGUGUCGCAUUGAAGCAUUCCAACUCGAGUUGUCCCAAAAGCUGCUGACGAAACAGGUGUCCCAGCAGGUCGCGUAUGGCUCCAACUCGAAAGUGUUGUUGAAUGCUUUUCGCCACAUGGACACGAACGGCGACGGGUCGCUGUCGUACGACGAGCUCAAAAAUGCGUUGGGGCCCCAAAUGCUAGACCUUGAAGUCGACCCCACGGAGCUGCAAGCAAUGUUGACCACGAUCGAUUCCGAUAAGAAUGGAUACAUUUCAUACAAGGAAUUCAUCAAGUUCUUUUCGCUCAAGCCUGACGUCGACCAGGACGAUAUUUUCCACAUCGGUAGACAGCGCGAACUGGAGCUGCUCGCAUCCAACGCAACUCGAGAUGCAAACGACCCACCUCCCCAUUUCGUCAACUUUGACGAGGACAGAAAGCAAUUGGAGCCCAUCACAAGCCCUCGCCACAUGAGGACUUUUGAAAACGAGCCUGGAUGCAUCCAAGAGCAACUUUCUCGCAGGACACGCGAUUUGUUGAGUGUUCAAGCGCCGAAACAAGAUAGUGCAUUUGACAUCGCUCCACACAAGUUCCCCGGCGACCUAGACGGUUUUUUUGCGUCGUUAGCACCGCUGAGUGUGUCUAAAGGCAAACACAACACGCCCAUCGAAUGGAGCCGCAUCGGCGUCGGCGGCAACGGGGUCAACACAAAGUCGGCUUUGUAUAUGCCCGACACACAGCGCUUCGUCACAACAACCAACGAGCAGUACAGCCCCAUGCACGGACGAAGGCCGCGAAUGGGUAUUCCACAACAAGACUUGGAGAAGAAGGCGAUGCGCAUCAAGUCUCGUUAUGAGAAGACGAGCCAAAACUUAUCCCGAAUCGAGCACAACAAGGAGCAACGGAAGCUCCAGAGUCAAUGGGAAGAGAAAUCCCGGCUGCGAGCUAAGUCGAAGCAGCGCCAUUCGUACAGCGACGCCAUCAUCAAAACGGAAGAUAAGUUGUUUGAACACAAGAACAAGAUGGCAAAAAAACCCGGCGGGGCUAGUUUCCAUCGCAUGUGGGCGGGGAGCCUGGAGUCCCAAUUCAACUCGCAGCCGUGGGGGCUCUCGAAAGAGGAGUCGUCCCAUGAGAACAACGACGCCAAAUAAAUAUAACACCCUAUGAACCUUCCGCGAG